AAACGACUUUCACUGAGUCAAUUCUCUCUGUAAAUCUCAGGCCCGCACCCUUUUCUCUCUCUAGCUCGCUCACGAGGGUUUGGGGAUUCGAUUCAAAGAUCCAGCUGCAUGAGCUGAAACAAAUUUACGGCAAGCUUUUGUAGCCAGAGAGUUCUCUAAUGGGUGAGCGCAGAAAACGCAAAUCAUUGUGGAGUGAGGAAGCUGAAACAAAACCUUUUACGUAUCCCAGUCAUGAUAGUGAACAUAAUCAUGAGUUUCCUGCAUCUGGAUCCCACGGAGUGCCGAAGUUCAGGUAUCAUUCUGGUCACCCGUCUAUGGAAUCAAUUCAUGAAGACCCAGUUGCUUGGAUGAAUGACAGCUAUCCCAAAGGUAGAGAGAGCGCAUAUGAAGAAAAGGGAAUAGGCGGUGAAAAUAGUUAUUAUCAGUACAUGUCUCCUGAGUUCAAAUACAACCAAUUUCCUGAAGAUGACCGAAGCCAUUCUCGCAGGUACCCAGGAAGAAGUAGGAGCAGAAGCAGGAGUAGAGGCAGGUGUCGCAGUAGGAGCAGGAGUAGGGGCAGGGAAAGAGUGAGGGGAAGGAGCAGGAGCAGAAGUGACAGCGAAGCAAGGGGUUGGACAAGAAGUCGUAGCCCUUUAGGAGAUUAUAAACAUCAAGCUUCUGGAUGGAGUGACAGGAGAAGUCUACCUGAGAUGGCAACUGAAGGCGAUUUUGCUUCAGGAAGGGGCAGAAGAGACGGUUUUAGCAAACAUUUCCAUCCAAAAAACACCAGUCACAGGGAUGGCGGCCUUGGGGGAGGGGACAUAUCAGAGAGUCGGAGAAAUAGGGCAGAUCAUGGAAAUGAAUCUAAACAGUCUUACAGCAGAGGUCCUCGGAUUGAAUUAAGGGGUGAUGUUUCUGAUCCUUAUCAUGGAGAGGAUGAGCAAUUCCAACAUAAAGGUAGAAGUGCAGUACCGUGCAGAAACUUUGUCAAGGGUAGCUGUAGGUGGGGAGACGGUUGCAAAUUUUCUCACCACGAUGAAUCCUCUGUUGAAGGUACUAAACUUUCCUCCUCGACUUACAGAAAUAGGAACCCACCUUGCAAGUAUUUUCUAGCGGGAAAUUGUGAACGGGAUAAUUGCAAAUUCUCUCACGAGGAUCCAAAUUUUAAUCGUCUAGAGGGCAGGCUGGGUAAAGUCAACAGUGACCGUGGUUCACGUGACAAUGGCCGUGGUUCACGUGACAAUGGCCGUAGUUCACGUGACAAUGACCGUCGCUCACAUGACAAGGUUAACAAGAGGGAUGACCCGAGAUGGGAACCAUGGGACGAGGUAGGUGGAAUCUCAGAUGAUAUGAAGCCUUCUGGUAGGAAUAGUUCUGCUGUUACUGUUACAGACAGCACUCUUGACAAUAGAAUGAGCCACGGUUUGGGAAAUGAGAAUAUAAACUGGGGACUUCCACAACACACGAAUAUUUCAGCGCCUCUACAUCGUGCAGGAAAUGGCAGUUAUGAUGGUGAUGUAGGUACUACUGAAUCUAUUAUAGAGGAAAAUAUUAUGGCCAAACAGGAUGUCCUCGUGUUUCAUGAUAUGCAGCUGCAAAAUCAAGAUGGUACGAGCAAAUUGCAGGUAGAGCAAAUGUUUCCCUCGAAUGCCUGGCAGCAGAAUGUUCCUCCAGUUUCACAUAUUCAACAUCAGAACCUUGGAGUAGUAGAAAACAACGUAGUAAGUUCAUUCCAUUCUGACAUUAUCGAUGAGGUGAAAGACCCCAGAAAUGCUACCGUUCCAGCUUUUAUCUCUGCGCAAAACUCGCAUCAAAAUGGCGAAAGUGUACUUCCUGCUGGGUAUUCAUCUAUUCCGAAGGAAGCUGUUAGCAAAGAGAUGCCAGCCUUGAAUGGGGCUGAGAUGCACCAGGUUGCUAAUUUGAAUCUCUCUCAGAUUCAGAAACUUCAAAACGCUAUCCAAAUGGCUGGGAUGACAGAGACGAGCACCUUUUUGCCUUUUCCAAAUCUAACCAACGAGCAGUCUGCUCAAUAUGCAAACACUCUUCUAUCUGCUGCUCUUCAGCACGUUGCUCCUGUCCUGAAUCAAAAAUUUGAGAAUCAACAUUCUACAAAACCUCCAGUCGAAGAAGUCUCCAAUUCAACAGGAAUGGUGCUUUCUACAUCUAAUGCAUCUGGCCACGUUCCACUUGACAGCACAGCCAAUCUACAACUCAAUCCAGUUACAGUUUCUCAUGAUCCAGUCAGUUCUGUGGAGAAUGGUAGAAAUAGCAAUGAGCAUGAAGGCAAUCAAGUACCUUCGGCAGAUAACUCAGAAAUAGAUCAUUCCGGAAGGCCAAAUAAGCCACAAGAGACAGCACGUGAAAAUCCAGAAUGUGAUGAAGUGAAAGUGGGCACGGGGGAGCAAAGUAAGGGAGUUCAAGACGGGAAGCAAUCUGAAACUUUGGAUGGCCAGGGAAAAGCCGAUGAAAGUACUGCUAACAAGGAUGAUAAAGGGAUGCGUCUGUUCAAAAAUUCUCUGGUAGAGUUUGUGAAGGACAAACUGAAGCCUAAAUGGAAGGAAGGCCGGAUGAGCAGAGACGUUCACAAAACUAUCGUGAAAAAGGUGGUGGACAAAAUAACAAGCUCUAUUCAAACCGAACACGUUCCAAAGACGCAAGAGAAAGUUGAGCAGUAUCUCUCAUUUUCCGAACCCAAAAUCACCAAACUUGUACAGGCUUAUGUGGACCGUUGUCUAAAGACAGAUUCUUGAAUCACUUCUUUUUUUUCUUCUCCCAUUUCUUUUUACAGACCUUCGAUUCUUGAAUCACUUCCUUUUCUCUUCUCACUUUUCUUUUUAUAGACCUUAGACUGUGAUGAAUUGUUCGAUUAUACAGUUGUGUAUUGCAUUUGUGUUACAUUUAGCAUAGUUAGUUAGGACUAUAUUUAUUGUUUUUAUUAGAACUUUUUUUGGGUGUGUAUUGGAACUGCACAGCCUUUCUGGAAAACUUUUCUGGAGCUUUUUUAUCCCUUCCAUGCAUCUUGUUUCUUGAUUUUCA